CAUUACACGGCCUGUCAUCUUCCCGCCCCGACUGCCCUCUUAUCCAUUCCCGCUCGAGCCUCUAACCUUUGUUUUUUCCUCCCACUCUCCUCACCCCCUACUGUCUGGACGCGUAGAGUCGCCGCUCUCCCACCUCACUAGCGCUAUAACGAAGGAUUGUUGUCGUUGUAGAUUAAACGGUUGCCGACAUUUCAAACCGUUCUCUUUGCGUAAACAAGGCCGAGGCCUAACAGGGAAGACACCGCCUAGCCCUAGGACUGUCAGGGGCUAACGUCAGAUCAACCAAAAUGGCUGAUGACAUUGAUAUAGAAGCAAUGCUGGAGGCUCCUUACAGGAAGACUUGCCUAACGAUAUAUCACCUCUACUCCCAUGAAUUCACCUUUGAUUCCAGUGUGAACUGUCAAUCAUAAGGGCGAGAUGUGUGACAGAGGUGGCACCAAGCUCUUACAGUCCCAACUCUCCAACGGAAAUGGGCGAAGAUCACUGGAAUGGCAUCGGUCACAGGACAUGGAUAGUGGCUGGCUGCUAGCGUGGCCAUUUGGGACUUAGGCAAACAAUAGCCUUGGUACCGGUCACAGGGACCGCAGCACCAGAAUUGAAAUGCAAAAAACAAAAAACAUGUAAACAGACUGCAGCAUUUUACUACCUAGUGUCACAACGCCACAGAAGCCACAGCUACAUGAAUUGUUAUAUAUAUUACAUUUGUGCUAGUUACUUUUAAACUUCUUAUAGAUUACUUAAUUAUAGUGCUGAAACAAAUUCCCCUGUAUAUUUCUUUUUGUAGCCUUUCACAUUAGUUUUUAGUUCCUUAGACAUUAAAUUUUCUUUUAUUCUCUCAUUCCAAUUCCCUUUACCCUUGCCCACUUGAACUGUUUCCACUUCGCCCUCAUGAUGUUCUUCUAUCAACUCUGCUUAGGAUGAGAACAAGGUGAACAGUGCCAAUGGACAUGAAGAACGGAGCAAAAAGAAAAAGAAAAGUAAGAGUAGGAGCCGCAGUCGUGAAAGGAAACGUAGCAAGAGUAAGGAGCGUAAACGCAGCCGAGAUCGGGAAAGAAAAAGAAGCAAAAGCCGUGAAAAGAAACGCAGUCGCAGCAAGGAGAGGCGGAGGAGCCGCUCAAGAAGCAGGGAACGUCGGUUCAGGGGCCACUACAGAAGCCCUUAUUCUGGACCAAAGUUUGGAAGCUCCAUGCGUGGGAAGAUUGGACCGCAUAGUGUGAAAUUAAGGCGGCGUUCAAAGAGCAAAAGUCCUCAAAAGAAAGAGAAAAGCCCUGUGAGAGAACCAAUUGAUAAUUUAACACCAGAAGAAAGGGAUGCACGCACAGUCUUCUGUAUGCAAUUGGCUGCGAGGAUCAGGCCAAGGGACCUGGAAGAAUUUUUCUCUACAGUUGGCAAGGUCCGUGAUGUCAGAAUGAUUUCGGAUAGAAAUUCAAGACGCUCCAAAGGCAUUGCCUAUGUAGAGUUUGUGGAUGUGAGUUCAGUGCCCUUGGCGAUAGGGCUAACCGGCCAGAGAGUACUGGGAGUUCCAAUCAUAGUCCAAGCAUCCCAGGCUGAGAAGAACAGGGCAGCUGCAAUGGCCAAUAAUCUACAGAAGGGAAGCGCAGGGCCUAUGAGACUGUAUGUAGGGUCUCUGCACUUCAACAUAACAGAAGAUAUGUUGCGUGGAAUAUUUGAACCUUUUGGCAGAAUUGAAAGUAUCCAGCUUAUGAUGGACAGCGAAACUGGCAGAUCCAAAGGCUAUGGCUUUAUUACAUUUUCAGAUUCUGAAUGUGCCAAAAAAGCCCUGGAGCAGUUAAAUGGCUUUGAACUGGCUGGGCGACCCAUGAAGGUUGGCCAUGUAACUGAGCGUACAGAUGCAUCCAAUGCUAGCUCGUUUCUAGACAGUGACGAGUUGGAAAGGACUGGCAUUGAUCUGGGAACUACUGGUAGACUUCAGCUUAUGGCAAGACUUGCUGAAGGCACGGGAUUGCAGAUCCCUCCAGCAGCUCAGCAGGCUCUGCAGAUGAGUGGCUCUUUAGCAUUUGGAGCUGUGGCAGAUCUCCAGUCAAGAAUCUCACAGCAGAGUGAAGCCCUUGCCGCUGCUGCUGCCUCUGCUGCUGCCUCUGCUGCCGCCAUCUCAUUGACGUCCCCUACUUUACCCGUCCCAGCGGCAACUCAGCCACUUGCUACCCAGUGCUUCCAGUUGUCUAACAUGUUCAAUCCUCAGACGGAAGAUGAACCUGGCUGGGACACAGAGAUUAAGGACGAUGUUAUUGAAGAAUGCAACAAACAUGGAGGAGUGGUUCACAUUUACGUAGACAAGAGUUCACCUCAGGGAAAUGUGUAUGUGAAAUGUCCAACCAUUGCGUCAGCAAUAGCAGCUGUCAAUGCUCUUCACGGAAGGUGGUUUGCUGGCAAGAUGAUCACAGCGGCCUAUGUCCCACUCCCUACCUACCACAGUCUUUUCCCAGACUCCAUGACAUCAACUCAGUUACUAUUUCCUGUUCGCCGAUGAAUCGAACCAUCAUGUUUUGUACAUAGCAUUUCUUUCGUUGCAAGAGAACUGUCCAACUGUCAUUUUUUUUGUUUAGUACAGCAAGACCUAAAGGAUAGGGCGUGACUUCAUUUUUGUAAAAACUGGUAACCUUGAAAUAAAGGCUGAAUGCGAU